CCCCGGCUCAAAGACACCUUAUGGAGUCAAAAUGUCUUUCCCAGAAAGGACCCCUGAAAGGCCUCCUUGGAUGAUGUGAAGGGGAGGCAGAUUCCCCGGAUACAGUCUUGGCCCACCCAUUCCACUUGGGCCUCUCCUCUCCCGCAGGGUGAGUCAUCAGGAAGUCUGUCUGGAAUUCAGAUGCUGGGCGGCCCGGAGGCCCCUGAGCCCCAACCCUAACCCCAUCCCUCCAGGGCUGGCUGGCUGCCCUCUACUGUGUUCAGGAGCACCCAGAGAGUUUUUUCAGGGCUCCUCAAUGAAUCCUGCCGUGGUUAUUUAAAGAGUUUUUCCUAGAAGUUAUUGGCUAGCAGUUUCCCAGAGGCGGGAAGGCUUGGACUUCAAGAUGCUUAUAAAGGAGUAUCGUAUUCCUCUUCCAAUGAGCGUGGAGGAAUAUCGGAUUGCCCAGUUAUACAUGAUUCAGAAAAAGAGCCGCGAAGAGACCUGUGGUGAAGGCAGCGGAGUGGAGAUCCUGGAGAACAGGCCAUACACCGAUGGGCCCGGGGGGGCCGGCCAGUAUACGCACAAAGUCUACCAUAUUGGUAUGCACAUCCCCAGCUGGUUCCGCUCCAUCCUGCCCAAGGCAGCCUUGAGGGUGGAAGAGGAGUCGUGGAACGCCUAUCCGUACACCAGGACAAGGUACACCUGUCCCUUUGUGGAGAAGUUCUCUAUUGACAUCGAAACCUUUUAUAAAUCCGACUCAGGAGAAAAUGUCAACGUGUUCAACCUCUCUCCUGUGGAAAAGAGACAGACAACUCUGGAUCCGAUCGAUAUCGUCCGAGACCCCAUCCCGCCCAACGAGUACAAGUCAGAGGAGGACCCGCGGCUCUACAAGUCAGCCAAGACCAAGCGCGGGCCCCUGAGUGAUGACUGGAUCGAGGAGUGCACCCGGCACCCCGGCCACUUUCCCAUCAUGUGCGCCUACAAGCUCUGCAAGGUGGAGUUCCGCUACUGGGGAAUGCAGUCCAAGAUCGAGAGGUUUAUCCACGAUGUGGGUCUGCGGAAGGUGAUGGUCCGGGCCCACCGACAGGCCUGGUGCUGGCAAGAUGAGUGGUACGGCCUGACCAUCGAGGACAUUCGGCAGCUGGAGAAGGAGGCUCAGCUGAUGCUAGCCCAGAAGAUGGCCCAGUUCUGCAGCAGCGAGAGCGACUCCGAGGCCCACGGAGCCAAGGAACCCCCUGGCGAGAAUGUGGAGGAGGGGGAGGCCAGGGUCGCCACGGAGGCCACGGAGUCACCCAGCAGCCCCAGCGAGGCCCUGACGGGGAGAAGCCUGACAAAGCAAUGGUCCACAUCCUCUAAGUCCUCCCGGUCAUCCAAGAGAGGAGCCAGUCCCUCACGGCAUAGCCUUUCGGAGUGGAGGAUGCAGAGCAUCGCCCGGGACUCAGAUGACAGCUCGGACGAUGAGUUCUUUGAUGCCCACGAGGACUUGUCUGACUCUGAAGAGAUAUUUCCUAAAGAAAUCACCAAAUGGAGUUCCAAUGACCUCAUGGAUAAAAUUGAAUCCCCAGAAUCGGACAAUGUACAUGAUGACCUCUAUCACGAGACCACCGCAGAGUACAGUGGAGUAUCCCAUGGGGAGCCCCUCAGCGUCGCCGAGGAUGAAGUGACCCAGCCUCUGUCCCAGGCCUCUAAGAUCCACGUGCUCCUGCUAGUGUUACACGGAGGCAACAUCCUGGACAGCGGGGGAGGUGACCAGAACUCGAAGCAGGGAGACGUCAACACCAUCACCACCGUGUUUGACACCGUCAUGCGGGUCCACUACCCUGCUGCGCUUGGUCGCAUUACCAUCAAGCUGGUGCCCUGCCCGGCCAUCUGCUCUGAGGCCUUUUCUCUCGUGUCUAACCUGAGCCCCUACAGCUACGACGAGGGCUGCCUCUCCAACAGCCAAGACCACAUCCCCCUUGCUGCCCUGCCCCUCCUGGCUACCUCCUCCCCUCAGUACCAGGAAGCGGUUGCUACGGUAAUCCAGCGAGCCAACCAGGCCUACGGCGAGUUCAUCAAGUCCCAGGCGGGCAUGUCGUUCAAUGGCCAGGUCUGCCUGAUUGGGGAUUGUGUUGGGGGGAUCCUGGCGUUUGACGCUUUAUGCUGCAGCAACCAGACAGUGUCCGAGAGCCAGAGCAGCAGUCGCCGGGGCAGUGUGGUGAGCGUGCAGGACACAGACCUCCUGUCCCCCGGAAUCCUGGUGAACAACUCCUCGUGCUCGGGGACCCCCUCCAACCUGGAGGCCAGCCGGCACCUGAGCCGCAGCAACGUCGACAUCCCACGCAGCAAUGGGGAUGACCCCAAGAAGCAGCUGCCGCGCAAGAGGAGCGACUCAUCCACCUACGAGAUGGACACCAUCAAGCAGCACCAGGCUUUCCUCUCCAGUUUACAUUCCAGCAUCCUGAGAAAUGAUCCCAGCUCCCGUCGAUCCAGCAGUUCCACCAUGCUGGAUGGGGGGAGCCUUGGGAAGUUUGAGUUUGAGAUCUCGGACUUCUUCCUCUUCGGAUCCCCACUGGGGCUGGUCCUGGCCCUGAGGAAGACCGUCAUCCCCGCGCUGGAUGUCUUUCAGCUCCGACCUGCCUGCCAGCAAGUAUACAACAUGUUCCACCCCGCUGACCCUUCUGCCUCCCGCCUGGAGCCCCUCCUGGAGAAGAAGUUCCACCUCCUGCCCCCCUUCAACAUUCCCCGCUACCAGCGCUUCCCUCUUGGGGAUGGCAAUUCGGCUCUGCUGGUCGAAACAGUCCAGAGCAAUCCCAUCCUCAUCGUGGAAAGCAGCCCCCUGGUUGCUCUCCAACGGCAGGAUAGCUUCAUGGAAACCAGUAUCCCCGUUCCCGUUCUGAACUGGCAAGAUGGGUCCAGUAAAAGUCCCGGCUGUGCUGAGUCGGAAGCGGUUCAGGCCCACGGCGCCAUCUUCAUGGAGUCCACGUCUCCCUCCUCCCCCGGUACCGUCCCCAGUUUCCGGGGUUUCCGCCGGGCCAGCGAGGUCAGCAUCACGAGCCAGGUGUCGGGCAUGGCCGACAGUUACACCGCUUCCAACAUCGCCAAUAAAAAAUCCCAUCAUCUUAAUCAUUCCAAAAGCUUAAGCCUCCUGUCCCAGCUUGCCCUCCCUCACAAAUGCCCCACCAAAAUGGCGAACCAAAGCCAUAGAAAGCCUAAACGGGGAAGACCCCAGAACCCUCUAGGAGAAAGGCAGGAGGGGGGCCCGAGGCCGACCCUGGACCAAAUCCCGCUGCUCCCCGACCUGGACGUCGGAAAAGUCGCUGCUAAGUGGUGGGGAACCAAGCGGAUUGACUACGCCCUGUACUGCCCCGACGCCCUGACAGCCUUUCCUACGGUGGCAUUGCCCCACCUCUUCCAUGCCAGCUACUGGGAGUCGACAGACGUGGUGUCCUUCCUGCUGAGACAGGUCAUGAGGCAUGAAAACUCCAGCAUCUUGGAGUUGGAUGGCAAAGAGGUAUCCGUGUUCACCCCCUCAAAGCCGCGAGAAAAGUGGUUGAGGAAGAGGACCCACGUGAAGCUGAGGAAUGUCACGUCGAAUCACAGGAUCAAUGAUGCCGUGGCCAACGAGGACGGGCCACAGACCCUGUCGGGCAGAUUCAUGUACGGGCCUCUGGAUAUGGUGACCCUCACCGGGGAGAAGGUGGACAUUCACAUCAUGACCCAGCCUCCUUCCGGGGAAUGGGUCCACUUUGACACACUCAUCACCAACAGCAGCGGCCGCGUCUCCUUCACCAUCCCCGAGGGCCAGCGCCUUGGCAUCGGCGUCUACCCCGUCAAGAUGGUGGUCAGGGGGGACCACACAUUUGCCGACAGCUACAUCACCAUCCUUCCCCGGGGCACGGAGUUUGUGGUCUUCAGCAUCGACGGCUCCUUCGCCGCCAGUGUCUCCAUCAUGGGGAGCGACCCCAAGGUGCGCGCCGGGGCCGUGGACGUCGUCAGGCACUGGCAGGACCUUGGCUACCUCAUCAUCUAUGUGACCGGGCGGCCCGACAUGCAGAAGCAGCGGGUGGUGGCCUGGCUGGCGCAGCACAACUUCCCCCACGGGAUCGUCUCCUUCUGCGACGGCUUAGUGCAUGACCCCUUGCGACACAAGGCAAACUUCCUCAAGCUCCUCAUCACCGAGCUCAACAUGAGGGUCCACGCUGCCUACGGCUCCACCAAGGACAUCUCCGUGUACAGCUCCAUCAGCCUGUCCCCCAUGCAGAUCUACAUCGUCGGACGGCCCACCAAGAAGCUCCUGCAUCAGUGCCAGUUCAUCACAGAUGGCUACGCCGCUCACCUGGCCCAGCUCAAGUACAACCACCGGGCCCGACCGGCCAAGAACACCACACGCAUGGCCCUGCGCAAGGGUAGCUUCGGCCUGCCGGGCCAGAGCGACUUCCUGCGUAAGCGUAACCACCUGCUGCGCACCAUCUCCUCCCAGCCCACGGGCUCGGCGGGGCCGGGCCACAAGCACGAGCGGACGCAGAGCCAGUCCGACAGCGAGCGGGAGCGGGAGAAGGAGCGGGGCCAGCGGAGCAUGAGCAUCGCCACGGGCUGCUGGGGCCGCAGCGGGGCCACCCGCCCGGACACAGGUCCCCCGGGCCCCAAGUAAAGCCGCUCCCGCCCGCCCGCC